AAACAGGGAGUCGGGAAUCCUGGGAUAGUGGCGGACCUUCAGUUGGUCUCUCUGAAGGCUGAGUCCUGGGGAACCAGGACCGAGAAGAUUUCGAAGGUGGAGGAGCGUGUCCCAGGAUUGGGGCUACCUAUUCCUUCGUGGGGCAGGGAAGGGGCGGACAGCAAUGCCUGUUUUGGAGGACUGGACUGAGAUGUGACCCCAAAGUGAAGUGUUACUGCUUCCAAGCGAGAUGAGCGUCACCUUUCACACCCCUGCCCCCCCCGGGGUUGGAAAAGCCACGGAUCGUUCCAGCGGCCGAGCAGCUCUUAGCGCUUUGGACUCGGCUGUCAUGAAGAUAAACGGGUACCAGAAAAACUUAUAGGAGUAGCAAUAGCUACUUGGAUGGAGGCCAGGAGCCAAGAAAAAUCGAAACACGCUGCCAGUGCCCAUUAGAUGGAUGAGAAAUGAGAAAGAUAUUAGACUUCAAAUCACCGAAAGCAAAGCCGACUUCCUAGGGCGCUGGCGCUAAGAGACGUCACCCCCGCGCAUAACUGACAUGGCGCCCUCUCAGUCGGCGUUUCCGGGCGGGUCCUUCCGACGGCCCCCGCGGUGAUUCCAUCACUCCGUUUCCUUCCCGGCCUGCCUCGCGCCCGCAGCCGGGCUGGGCCAGAACAGCCCAAGAUGGCCGACUUCGAUGAUCGUGUGUCGGAUGAGGAGAAGGUACGCAUAGCUGCUAAGUUCAUCACUCAUGCACCCCCAGGGGAAUUUAAUGAAGUAUUUAAUGAUGUUCGGCUACUGCUUAAUAAUGACAAUCUCCUCAGGGAAGGGGCAGCACAUGCAUUUGCGCAGUAUAACAUGGAUCAGUUCACGCCUGUGAAGGUAGAAGGAUAUGAAGAUCAGGUCUUAAUUACAGAGCAUGGUGACCUGGGUAAUAGCAGAUUUUUAGAUCCAAGAAACAAAAUUUCAUUUAAAUUUGAUCACCUACGGAAAGAAGCAAGUGACCCCCAGCCAGAAGAAGUUGAUGGAGGUUUGAAGUCUUGGAGAGAAUCCUGUGACAGUGCUUUAAGAGCCUAUGUGAAAGACCAUUAUUCCAACGGCUUCUGUACUGUUUAUGCUAAAACUAUUGAUGGGCAACAGACUAUUAUUGCAUGUAUUGAAAGCCACCAGUUUCAGCCUAAAAACUUCUGGAAUGGUCGUUGGAGAUCAGAGUGGAAGUUCACCAUCACACCACCUACAGCCCAGGUGGUUGGAGUGCUUAAGAUUCAGGUUCACUAUUAUGAAGAUGGCAAUGUUCAGUUGGUUAGUCAUAAAGAUGUACAGGAUUCACUAACCGUUUCGAAUGAAGCCCAAACUGCCAAGGAGUUUAUUAAAAUCAUAGAGAAUGCAGAAAACGAGUAUCAGACAGCAAUUAGUGAAAACUAUCAAACAAUGUCAGAUACCACAUUCAAGGCCUUGCGCCGGCAGCUUCCAGUUACCCGCACCAAAAUCGACUGGAACAAGAUACUCAGCUACAAGAUUGGCAAAGAAAUGCAGAAUGCUUAAAGGCUGAAUGUAGAAUUCUCCAGUAUGUGGAAAGACAAGGAUUCAACAUGUGGUCAUAUGAUAAAUAAGUGAUUUAUAAACAAGAGUGAUAUUUUGCUAGGGCUUUCAAAGUUAACCAGUUUUCUAGCCUCAUGGAAUACUGUUGAACCUAUAGCAUUGUCUUGAUUCUUUUGUGUUCUCUGCCUUGUAAUUUUCUGUUAUUGCUAUAUCUACGUGUAAAUUUUUUUUUUUUUUUGUUAAUUCUGCCACAUUUAAUGUUGGAGAGAGAAAGAUCUAUCCUAGAGACAUUUUACUGUUUAAAAAAGUUUCCUAGCCAUGAAGCCCUGCUACUGAUUUAGACAAGGUAUUACGGUCAUUACUUUCUACCCCUAUCCUUCCAAGCUCCAAGCACUUCUGGUACUUCAGUGGUUUUUACUGAUCCACCAACACCUAAAAAGACUAUGCUACAAUCUAUAGCUAAAUGGAAGACACAUUCAUCCUUCUCCCUCUGACUGCUUUGAUCAUCAUUUAUUGCAUCUCAUAACUGUAAUUUUCCAAAGUUUGGAUUGGGACUUUUCAGGUCCUUUUUGGAGGGCAAAGGAAGUGCCAGCUUCUCUGGGGAACUUGUUUUUAAAUCCAAAGACUUGAACCACAUUCCCUGCACAGAACGUGUUUGCUUUUAUCCCUUCUUCCAUUGUCUCCUUCCCAUUUUAGUACCAUUGUAGUUAUAGACAUCUGCAUUUUUAGAAGGGUUUUACCCAUUUAUUUUUUUUAAACAUUCAAGAACUGCUGACAUACUGUGGAUAUAGAGUAUAAAACUUGAAAAAUGCAGAUGUUGAAGGAAUAAUAGGUAUCUUGUGCUUUAAUACUUUAUGGCAGGAUUGUACUAUAAGCAAAUGAAUUAAACAGCUAUGUAAAUCACAAACAAAAAGUAAAAAUGAACCAAAGUGAAAAGGAUAACUUCCAGGCAGUAUCUUUCUAUUGUAACCUGUUAUUUAAGGAAAUACUAGUGAUUUAUUCUAAAUAGGAUGUAAAACUUAUUUCAAAUUACUCUUCCUCUGUCCUACCUGCCAAGAACUCAAGUGUAACUGUGAUAAAAUAACCUUUCCCAGGUAUAUUGGCAGGUAUGUGUGUAAUGUCAGAAUACACAGGUGACAUAGAUAUGAUAUGACAACUGGUAAUGGUGGAUUCAUUUACAUUGUUUACACUUCUAUGACCAGGCCUUAAGGGAAGGUCAGUUUUUUAAAAAAUCAAGUAGUGUCUUCCUACCUAUCUCCAGAUACAUGUCAAAAAAGAAAGGUGUUUGUGCUUCAGUUUUGUUUUUGCUCAGUAAUAUAGUCAAGCAACAGUUUGUUUCUAAGUGACCCAUUGAGCUGUGUAUGCAUUUUUAUUUCAAAUAAAAUAUAUUUGUAUUAUUUGUCAUUCAUACUAUCCAUCCAUACCACACUAUCUUCUGUAUCAGGUAGUCUAAUAGAAAUAUACCUGUUUUGUUCUAAAA